GCGGUUACCGACCUCCGUCGGCGGCGUUCAGCGGUGUGUUUCACGCGUCGGAAGCAUAUUGUCGUGGUGUGGAUAUGCGGUGUCGCGAUAAUAUUCGGCGCCUUCCUACAGCAGCACAAACCACCCCCUCCCCCUCCAAACUUAUGUUUUUCUAUACGUGUUCAAACACCCCGGAAUAACGCCCCGACGGACAAUUUAUGUAAUAACAAUAAAACAUCGAAAAUAAAUAUAUCUAAUAAAAAAGUUAACAGACAUUAUUAUUAUUAAUCGAACACGCGUAUCAAGCCGUAUCCGCGAAUAAGUCUCGUUGUAUGCAUGCAAUUUAAAAUAAUAAAAAAAAAAACGUUUCUGCGCGUAAGAUUGUUGAAAACCAACUAGACACAUCUGACUUCAAACACAUCGUGUUGGAUGAAUUCUUUUGAUUUCACUACAUUUUUUUUUCAAAAUAGAACUAGCUAGAGUCUACAUGACCCUUGGGUCUGCGAUUGACGUGCGUUAGAUUUUCCAUCCGAUACCGGUUCUUCGAUAUUAUGUGUAUACAAUUGGUUACGUCGAUCAAUCGCUUUCCAAACAUCGUUUGUGCUCGUAUAAUGAGCGUUUUCGAAUAUUAUUAGAUACAUAAUUAAAUUAUAAUUACAUUCAAGGUGUGACAGUUAAGUUUUUCGAGAAUUCAGUUAUAACUCGGGAAUGGGCCACAGUGGGUCGUUUGUAAACAUAUGUGAGAUAAGAGACGAUCUUUUUUAUCGGCAGUCGAAGUUUUGAGUCAAAAAGUCGGUUUUUUGUGUGCUUUAUGCACGUUUUUCAAAAUCAACUUUUGCAGUCACGUCGUGAAUAUCAGUAGCUCACAUCGCAAGCAAUAUGCUGUGAUCCAAUUUUUCGUUAAAUAUGACGAAAAACCCUAAGAAAUUAUCCGAAAAUUAUAAGCGGUAUCGGAGGCAUGUGCAUGUCGAAAAAUCACAUGUUUGUGAACUGGUAAAGUGGUUAAAGGUGGGGCGUGAAGUGAUAGAUAACGACCCACGCGAAAGAGCUCCCGUCAUCACUCGUACCGAUGCAAACGUCAACCGUCAGCACGCGCUUAUUACAAGGGAUUCAUGGUUGGCCGUGACUAAAUUCGAACCUACGUACGCUAGAAAAGCGUUUCCCUGUUUCGACGAGCCCGCGCUGAAAGCGCCAUUUAAGGUUUCAAUCAAGAGGCGAUCACAUGAAAUAUCUCUGUCUAAUAUGCCGCUGUUGAACUCGACAAAAAUUGAAGGCACGGACAUGUACUGGGACCAUUUCCAAGAGACGCCACCUAUAUCGCCGUACUUGGUAGCGUUUUUCGUGGGUGAAUUCUACGCGAUGAAAACACGCACGAUAGGCAUAUACACGCACAGGAAAUACGUGACACAGGCCGCGUACAUAGCGGACACGUCGCCGUUGUUACUCGAAGCGAUGGAGAACUUUAUCGGAGUGGACUACGAGUUGCCUAAAUUGGACUUGCUUGCGAUCCCUGAUUUUUCGGCUGGCGCGAUGGAGAACUGGGGAUUAAACACGUACAGAGAGAGACUGUUGUUGUUGAGUGAUAAUUCUAAAACUAAAACGAAAGAGUUCGUAACAACGGUGGUACAACACGAAUUAGCACAUCAGUGGUUCGGAGAUUUGGUGACUUGUGAGUGGUGGGACUAUCUAUGGCUGAACGAAGGUUUCGCGACAUUCUUCGAAUACUUAGCGACCAAAACGGUGAAACCGGAUUGGAGGUUGGAAGAAGUGUUUGUCAUAGAAGUGCACCAAGUGGCUCUGGAGUAUGACCAAAAGCCAACACAUGCUAUAUCGGGAUCCGUGAACACACCGGACGAGAUCAGGGGUAUGUUCGAUGACAUAUCCUAUAGUAAAGCGGGAGCUGUGCUCCGAAUGUUACAGUACACAGUGACGGAAAAGAAUUUUAAAGAAGCGCUGAACUUUUAUUUGAAGGCUAACCGGUACGAAGCGGCCACUCCGGAAAAACUAUGGAACGCGUUCGAAAACGUCCUGUACGAAGCGGAUUAUGAAUUGGGUGAAAACGUUAAUGUUACUCUGUUUAUGAAUUCUUGGACUGAACAGGUUGGAUAUCCGUUGGUUACGAUUUCCAAAGUGAACGACUCGUUAUCAAUAACUCAAGAACGGUUUUCGGUCGUAGUUUCCAAUGAAACUGACGCGACGAAAUGGGUAGUUGGUUUGACGUACACGACGGAAAGUGAAAAAAAUUUCGGAAAUGUUUCUCCCAAAUUAUGGUUGAUAGAUAAUAUGAAUAUUUGGCCGAUUCUAAACGGAUCCGAAUGGUACAUUUUCAAUCUACAGUCGAUAGGAUUUUUUAGAGUGAACUAUGACGAAGACAAUUGGAAAGCCUUGGCUGAACAGCUACACAAAAAUCCUAAUGACAUACAUGUACUUAACAGGGCUCAGUUAAUCGACGACGCGUUUAAUUUGGCCAGGGUUGAAAAAUUAAAUUACACUUUUGUACUUGAUUUGACAGAAUAUCUAGAAAAAGAAAACGACGUGGUACCGUGGUAUUCGGUUAAAAAUGGGUUUUCUUACCUAAUUGAUCGGAUGAGACGAUGUCCACAUAGUUAUAAAAAUUUCAAAACUUAUCUUAGCUAUUUGGCUGGAAUGAUUUAUACGAAAACCGAAAAUUUAAUAUUAAAGCAACAAAAUGAAGAACACUCCGUGAAAACGGGUUGGAACGCUUUCUCGAAUUGGGCGUGCGAAUUGGAUAACGAACAAUGCACGAAGUCAGCAUCAUUGUACUUUGAACAGUGGCAUCAAGGAAAAAUAAUACCUGCCGACAUAAAAGAUGCGGCUCUUUGCGUUGGGGUGAAAAACGGAAAUUCGGAAAUAUGGAACGACGUUCUCAACGUUUAUAUUAAUUCUGAAUCGGCGUCUGAUCGUCAAUCAGCUCAAUAUGCUUUAGGUUGUUCGAAGGACUCAACCCAAUUAGCCAAAUAUUUAGAUUUCAUGUUCAAAGGAUAUGAUGGUCCAAUUCUUCCGCAAGACUUCAGAGUUAUUUAUCGUACAUUAGCGUCUUCUGUCGAGGGCAUUUCGGCGUUAAUAGAAUUUUUGACCAACAAAUUGGAUAGGAUUAUAAACGAAAUAAUUAAUGGUGAACAAGUCGCUACGUCUAUAUAUUCGUUGUUGGCUUCGAAGGUGGCUCUCAAAGAAGAAAUCCAAAAAAUCGAUGAAUUGAGAAGCAACCCACUGGUGUCAAAAAAUCUGCAACGAAAAUUCAACUCUUCAUUCGUUGAAGUAGAAGACAAUUUUAUGUGGUUUAAGUCGAACCAUCACUUAAUCGGCCAGUGGUCAAAAGCUGCAGUUCACAGACUCGGAUUAGACAGCCCAGUCACCACCCCUAAAGUACCAAUUGCGCCCAUACCAAUUUCCCCACCUAUUGCACCUGAGUCUUCGAGUGCAUUCUUAAUUAAACAAAAUAACUUUAUUUUACCAAUACUAUUGUCAUUGAUAUUCAGUAUAUUUUAUUCGUUUUAACUAGAGAAAUUUGCUCUUUAUGAGUUUUGAAGUGUACAAUACAUUGUUUAUUACAUAAGAUAACAAUGUAAUAAUAAUGUAUUUUUCUUGUAAUAAUUUAUCAUUUAAUGUUGUUAUUAUUCAUUAGUUAUAUUAAUUUUUGGAGAGUAUUUUGUAAUUCGCUGAACUUAAGACUAUAUAUCUUUAUAUUAAAACGUUAUAAAGAAA